GUUAGCAUUGGUGAUGAUCGUAAAUCAGUCGCAAAGAUGCAGUUGAGCGAGAAACUGACCUUAUUUAAACUUGUAUUCCUACACCUUUUGGUUGCGAGCUCUGCAGCACACUCACCAUAUGUCCAACCCGAUCAACAAGACGAGGGCCGCGUGCUCAUCUUCCCUCCGACGUCUCCCACGCGUCAUCAGUUGAUUUCCGGUAUCGGUAUACCACUGGGGACACCCGAGUCCGUUACGUCCGGAUGGGUUUUCAAGGCGCAGUACUUUCUGCCGACCACGGUCGAUAACCUGAAACCCAUCUACGUGGAAGGAUGGAAUGAUAGUCGACGAUUGUUUGAAAAGCGAGAAGCCGUUACGCUCCCCCCGAUGGAGCACUACGAAGCGUUUACGGCUAGGGAUGUCAAAAUCGAAAUGGAGCCACUUCCGGAUGUGGCAAGUAGCGAAGAAAGCGAUGACGAUGACUAUUUCGAGGAGGGAGAUGACAACUACUGGCUGGAUGACGAUGAAGAAGAGACUCUCCAAGAACUUAGGAAGGAACUGCCUCCGUCCAAUUUGGAGUCCCAGAUGGCCCAGGGUUACGAUGCGGCGGGUUCACGAUGGAUGACGUACAAGUCGUUGGAACAUAUCGGUCAAGUCUACGGCUCCGGAGGACGGGAAUGCGUACUGCGAAGCAUUUGCGAGGCAGCCAAUGCGCAGUUCACUCAUACCGGGGGAGUGUUUGCAGAACUGUUGCACAUUAUUUUCACACCAUCAUCUACUGCAGAGCCUCUUUCGGAACACAGUGACAACGAAUACUACCGAGCGGAGCAGUUAGGCAGGGAAGGUGCACCUUGUCAGUUGGUGUUUCACGAGUGUCGAAACUCAAUACUCGAUGUGUUCACAGGAAUACACGAUCCGACAAAAAAUGCGCUACUAACUGCUCAUGACAAGGUGAUGAGAUCUUUCAUGAAAUAAAAUA